AUGUCCACUGAAAGAAAAUACACCAAAGAACAGGAAGAAAUAACUUUAAAGGUUUUAAAGCAUCCCAAACAUGAUUUCUACAAAAUAUUGGAAGUAGAUAAAAGCGCAAAUGAAGUACAAAUAAAAAAAGCUUAUAGAAAAAUGGCAAUUAAGUUACAUCCGGAUAAAAAUUCGCAUCCAAGGGCAGCAGAGGCUUUUAAAAGAAUAAAUAGAUCUUUUGAAGUGUUGAGCGAUAGUAACAAAAAGAAAAUUUACGACCAAUUAGGUGUCGAUCCAGACGAUAGACAUGCUGCAGCAGCUAGUGGUGGUACCGGCGGUAUGAGUUCAGGAUUUUCCCCCUUCCCAAGAGCAGGAGGCCCAGGUGGUCCAGGCAUGAGAUUUGCAUCCCCGGAGGACUUCUUCACACAUUUUGCAUUUGGUGGUGAUCCGUUUGCUAAUGCAUUUGGCGCUGGUAGACCAUUUGGUGCGGGAAGCCACAGUACUUUUCAAACCUUUUCAUUUGACCCCAAUACAGGUAGUUUUAGAGCAAAUAGACCUACGGCUGGACAAGCUCAACGACAAAACCGUGAAGAACAAGAAAAUGAUUAUUCACUAUGGAGAGUUCUUCUUCCAUUCCUAGUUUUUUUGCUUUUCAAUAUUUUUGAACGAAUGAUGCGUUAA